AUGCCUUACCCCACUGUCCGAGUCGCCGCCACCCAAGCUGAGCCCGUCUGGUUCGAUCUUCAAGGAGCUGUGGAUAAGACUUGUAAGCUCAUAGAACAAGCGGCCUCGAACAAAGCCGAUCUUGUUGGGUUUCCCGAAGUCUGGAUCCCGGGCUAUCCAUGCUGGAUUUGGUGUCGAAAUAUCGAUUUUGAUCUAAAUGUGCAGUACAUCAAAAACUCUCUUCGCCUGUACUCUCCGGAAAUGCAAAGAAUCCAGGAUUGCGCCCGUGAACACAAUAUCGCAGUCUCGUUGGGAUUCUCAGAGAAUUGCAAUGGCUCGCUCUACAUCGCUCAAGCUCUAAUCGGACCCGACGGAGAGAUUAAAGUCCACCGUCGCAAGAUGAAGGGGACUCACAUGGAACGUACAAUUUUUGGUGACGGCUCUAGUCACGCUUUACAAAACGUGGAAGAGCUCCCGUUUGCCCGUGUGGGCUCGCUGAAUUGCUGGGAACAUUUACAGCCCCUCCUCAAGUACAAUGCCAUCACGCAGAACGGAGACAUUCAUGUUGCGGCUUGGCCUCCGCUGUCUAACAAUGUUGUUGGAGAUUUAGGCGCUUACUCUAUGACUGCAGAAGGGGCUCAAACACUCUCGCGUACUUAUGCCAUGGAGUCUGGGACAUUUGUGCUGCACUGUACUCAAGUGAUUACUGAAAAGGGCAUCAAGGCCAUGAACACAGGUGGACAAGCUAUCAUGUCAACCCCAGGAGGUGGCUUCACGACUAUUUAUGGCCCGGACGGUCGAGUUAUUACAGAGGCCCUCCCCGAGGAUGAAGAAGGUAUUAUUUACGCUGAGCUGGACAUGGACGAGCUGGUUCGGACCAAAAUGUUUGUCGAUUCUACGGGACACUUUAGCCGCCCAGAUGUCCUCUGGUUGGGUGUCUCACCUGAGAUUCCGACUGUCGUCAGACCACAGCGGGUGGGAAUUGCUAGUGAACGAGUUGACUGGUGA